AUUUUCUUAGUUCAACAUAGUUGUUAACAAGUUUUUCCACAUUCAACAGUUGGAUUUAUAGUUUACUUGGAUUCAAUAUGGCAUAUACGGAAACCAAACCAAGAGUGCCUAUCAUGGCUAUGUAUGGCACACCGGGACCAUGUUACAAUCUUCCAACACUCACGGGAGUAAGUACUCACGAUCCUAGAAGCAGUCAUAAUAAACAACCAGCCUACUCUUUUGGAGUUAAACAUGGAAAAUUCGCCGAUGAUUGCAGCCCGGGACCUUGUUAUCUUCCUGACUCAAAAAUAUCCAGAAGUGGAAAAGAUGGUACCCCGCAUUACUCUCUGUAUGCUAGACAUCGAGAACAAACUAUGUUUCAAACACCAGGAGCGGGAACGUAUAAACCAGAAGAAUCUGGUCCUUCAUCAAAAUUCUGCCAUCCAGCUUACAGUUUUGGUAGCCGACCAAGAUAUAGAAAAAGUGACAACUCUCCAGCCGCCAACAGCUACACCUUACCAAAUAUGAUGGGUUCGACUGUCCAGAGUGGCAAGCGACAGGCUCCUUGUUACUCACUUCCCGGUAGACAGAAAACUGGCGGUUUCUCCGAGGACACAUCUAAAGCACCUGGACCAGGAACUUACAACACCACAGAUCCUAGCACUGUCAAGUCCAGGGCACCACUCUACAGUAUGACAAGUCGAAACAACAUGCCUGGUGAUUCAACUCAGAAACCAGGACCUGGAGCUCAUUCACCUCAGAAUUCAUGGAGUCAUAAGAAGAAGAAUCCGGAAUUCUCAUUUGGUGUUCGUCAUAGUCAGUACAUAACCCCUCUUGUAGUUGAUAUACGUGAUUAGAAAUUGGUGAACUUGCAUAAUAAAAAAUCAUGGAAACUCCAAUUUCGAACAAUAAAUUUGCGUUUUCGUGGGAGUAAUUUGAAUGUUGUACAUAAUGUGUAUUGGGAAUUAUCACAUAUUUUGAAAUUUGAUUACUGUAUAGAUUACUGUUAAAUUACUUGUACAUGUAUAAUCAUUAGGAUAUGGAUCCAAUAAUUUGUAUGAUAAUAUUAUGUUUAUUUAUGUUAUAAAUUUAUUUUUUCUUAA